AUGGCGGGAGGAGUAGAUGGCGGCGGAUUUCACGACACAAAGCCGCCAGAAGUCAAAAAUUUGUCAGAGCAGCAGUGUUUGAAUGAUCUCGGCUGGUACGCUUAUCAUCUUGAGAAUCUGGCUGAAGAUUUAGGCGAUGAGCAAAUCAUAAUUUCAUUCGGUGGUACAGUUUUCGUCAAUGCCACAGUCGGUGAGUUAUUGGAGAUGGUGACUGCAACACUUCCUUUGAGGGAUCCCGGAACUAUAAUACAUGUGAGCAUCACUGAUGAGAACGAGGAAGUCAUAUUCCAAGAAAGUUUGUCGAAUCUGAUGAUGGAUGCUGGCAUAUCAGUGGCAAAAAGUGCCACUGUGAAACCUGUCUCGUCAAGUGCUAUCAAAAUCAGUGUGACCGCCGGAAAUAGAGUUUUAGGAAGUUUACGAGUACCAGAAGAAUUUUUCGAUGCAUCGAUAGAUGAAAAAGAAAGGCAUCUCUUCUUCCGAAGAGUCAAACCGAAAUCAUUUGAGCAAGUACAAAGGAUUCUUCAGCAGUUGGAGGUAAAAAUCCCGCCCCCGACGCGUCUCGAAACACCACCGGAAUGGGUCGUGAAUAUGAUUGACGCUUCCGGUUUAAAAUCCCCGUCCUCGAAUUUCCUAAGGGGAAAUUUCUUCAACUUCGGGAACUUCGAACAGUGCCUCAGAACGAAUGCCACGGAAGCCAACAGCAUAACGCCUGAUAACGUAACACAGCUGGAGGCCACGAGUUUUCGAGGAAAAUAUUGCCUGUUGACGAUUGCUUUGGUUAACGACACGAUCGAGGAGCCGACGACGAGCAUUGUUUUCGGGCCCGUUUGCGAUCUGUGUGUGGUGGCCGGGGCUUGUUUCCCCGACUCAUGCACUCAGAAUAUGCUUCAAUAUUUGCGAGCUUCCGUGGGCGUUCAAAGCGCUGUUUCCACGUGCUCCGUCAGUGAAGGAAAGCCAUUUUCAACUUUGGAAAUAAUUAUGACAUUCGUUUCUAUGCUGUGGGUACUUCUAGGGCAUACUUACUCGAAUGCCCGUCGAGCAUUCCACACUGAUCCGCUCACUUAUUUCACGGAUUUGAGAAAUUUUUGGUCACAACCAAUCAUCAACGCGUAUCCCAGUGUGGAUACAUUUUUCUUUCUGAGCGGCUUGCUGGCUUCUUACAUGAUGCUUAUGAGUCUCAAGAAGCAAGGGUUGUCAUUUUCGUUUUUCGGGAAGCUAUACAUGCACCGGUUUUUUCGCAUCACGCCGCUGUACGCUGUGGUUAUGUUGAUCACAUACGCUUUCAUGGAAAGAAUCGGCAGUGGGCCAAUGUGGCCAACCAUCGGGGAAAAUUUCUUCAAGGGUUGCGCAACCAAGUGGUGGCACAAUCUGUUGUACGUGAGCACUCUUCUGAGCCCGUCCCAGGAGUGUGUACUGCACGGUUGGUUUCUCACAAAUGACAUGAUUUACUUCGUCUUUUCCCCGCUGAUCGUUGUACCGUUGCUCAAAUAUCCGAAAGCAGGUAUGGUGUGGGUUGGCAUUGUUCUGAUCGCGUCAGCAGUUGUCCCUGCUUUGAUACAUGUAAUCUACGAAGUUCCCGGAGUCAUGACGUAUGCUGUGUUGAACGAUGAGCGAGUCGACAAAUUCAUGGAUUAUGUUUACUAUCGCCCCUACACCCGUUUCGGCGUUUACGUCGUCGGUCUACUUGCAGGUUACGUCUUCCACAUCAUGCGAAACAAGAGAGUGAAGUUACACAUGGUUGCUGUGCAUCUUGGCUGGAUUCUAUCCUUCACGGUCGGCUUGCUGAUCAUUUAUGGCACUUACGAAUACAUCAAUUGGGACCGUGAAAUGAAUGAGGCUCUGGCGAUCGUCUACGGAUCUUUGCAUCACCAAGCUUGGGGAUGCGCACUAUUUUGCGUGAUAUUCCUUUGUCAUAAAGGCUAUGGAGGAUUCGUCAACUCUUUCUUGAGCUGGUCAGCUUUCAAGCCUCUCGGGAAACUCGCUUAUUCUAGCUAUCUCGUACAUUGGUAUGUGAUAGUGUGGAGUGUAUUUGGCAGCAAAACGCAGAAGCAGUUCGACAUCGGAAUGCAGACGUUUCACUUCAUCGGGAAUGUUAUCAUCACUCAUUUACUGGCAUUCUGCGCCGCUGUCGUCGUUGAGUUCCCAUUCGGUUCCUGCUUCAAUAUCUUGCUCAGCCCGCGGCCUCAGAGACCGGGAAUUCAAGUUUGUGGAGAUAAAGGUCGCGCGUUGAACGUUUUGACAAUGCGCAGUCCGGGACUGCUCGGGUUCGCCGUGCUGGCCGUGCUUUUUGCAAAUGUCGGGAUCUGCAUUGGCAUUGGUUCAAAUGAUGUGCGAAGAAGCAAACUUGUUAGCGAAGUUCAACCAAUUCGAGCCGCACCGCUCAGUUUGUCAGAGACCAAGAAUGAUCCUCCAACUGUGGCGGAAAUAACGAGCUGUUUGAACGACCUGGGCUGGUACUACCUGUACCUGAGCCAAAUUGCUGAAGACGUUAGUAACGUGGAAGUUGUGGUUACGAUUGCCGGAAACGCGGUAGUCAACUCGACUAUCGGUGAGAUCCUGGGGAACAAUGGGACCAAUCCAGGGAAUUUGGCACAGCUCGUUACUAUUACUGUUGAUUACGAGAACGUGACCUUGGUUGAGGUCACUGCUGCUGAAAUCAUCGGAUACUUGACGAACACCGUCAGCCUCGAUGAACUCAUUGGAGAGCUCCCCGAUAUUAACUUGGUGGGAGACGAAGUUCUGGGCUUACAGAUUAACGUGAACUUUGCUGGAGUGCCGAUCAGUGAUGGAAUACAAAUUGGACAACUCAUUACCGACCAGGGAAAUCAAACGGCAGUUACUUUGUUGCUCCUGGACAUUCUUGCGAACGGCUUGACAGUGAGCACUUCAGGUGGCAUGCUAAGCAUUAACGGUAUCCCACUUCCGGAAAUCAUAGCCAUAUUUGGGUUAACUGGGAUGACCGGGCCGCUUAUUGACUUUGGAAACUUGAUGCCCGACAUAUCUUUUCCGAAUGCCAAUUUUCGUCCCGUACCAGGAUGGGUAAUUCAAGUCAUCGAUGCAUCCGGUGUCAAGUCGAUGCCAGCUGGUUUCCUUCGAGGAGCAUCCUGGACCAUUGGCAACUUUGAGCAGUGUAUGAGUUUGAGAGCAUCCGAACUUUUGGAGGGGAUAUUUCAGAACCCGGUGGAUGGAGCGAACAUCACAAUUUAUCCGACAAACUUUGAAGGCCAAUAUUGUUUUGCCAAACUGGGACCUUUUUUGCCGACUACUGCCCGUCUUCCUGUCUCACCUGCUUUGCUGCCACUUGGACAAGAAACUGUGUCUGGAGUUUGCUUACCGGCCUCCUGCCCUCAGAGCGGUAUGCAAGUCAUGGGAUUGCUGGCGGCUGCUCAAUUGCCAGUACAAUACUUUUUUGAUUGCUCAACGUCAAAAUCACCGAGUUUGUCGACAGUCGAAAUAGUCACCAUGAUUAUCUUGUUUCUCGUGGGCAUCACAUUGAUCGCUGGGACCCUCGUUGAUUUCAGUCGCACAAGGCGGAACAAAGCCAAAGGAAAAUUGCAAGGCAAAGAUGAUUCUGGGGACAACAUGCUGAUGCAGAUCAUCACCAGUUUCUCAAUCAUUAAAAAUGCCGAGGUCAUUCUUUGCCUGCAACCCGUUCCGUCUGGUAAAGACGGAAAACCGAAGAAAAACCCCGAUGUUAUCGAGUGUCUGCACGGCAUGAGUGUUGAUACGUUUUUCUUCAUGAGCGGCCUGUUAGUUUCCUACGUUAUGCUCAAAAAGCUCACGCGCUACGGUUUCAGCUGGGGAUUUGUGCCACAAAUGUACAUCCAUCGUUAUCUGAGACUAACUCCGCUGUAUGGCAUGGCAAUCCUCAUUUCAUACGCCUUCUUUCAACGAAUAGGAAGCGGACCAUUUUGGCCAUCUGCUUAUCAACAAUACGUUCAGCCAUGUGAGGACAAGUGGUGGCAGAAUAUCCUGUAUGUCAGCACAAUAAUUAAUCCGAACCAAGAGUGUUUUGGCCAUGGCUGGUACCUGACGAACGAUAUGCUUUAUUUCUUGAUUGCCCCAUUCCUGGUCGUUCCGCUUUAUUUGAGUGGCAGCUGGGCAUUGGGCUACAGUUUCAUGCUACUCGGUGCAUCAUUCGGAAUCAAUGCCGCAGUGCACACGAAAUUCGACGCGCCUGGGGCUUUGCCAUUCAGUGUGAUGGGAUCAGUUACUUCCGGAAACUUCAUGAAGUACAUUUACUUCAGACCUCACACGCGUUUCGGAAUCUACGUCGUUGGAAUCAUAACUGGCUUCUGGCUGUUCAAACUCAGAGGAAAACGACUUCAAUUAUCCGGGGGUAGUGUGCUGCUUGGGUGGUUAUUGGCAAUUGCGACCGGUCUGGCAAUUGUUUAUGGCCUGUACGAACCAAAUGCUCCAAUAUCUGAAGACGCCCUUCUUACAUAUGGUGUAGUUCAUCGGCAAGUUUGGGGCUUAGCGUUAGCUUGGGUUGUGUUCGCCUGCUCUCACGGGUACGGAGGGUUCAUCAACACAUUUCUGAGUUGGUCUGCAUUCAAGCCGUUGGGUAACUUGGCAUACUCGUGUUACCUUGUGCAUUUCCACAUCGUCGGUUGGAAUAUACACAGCUCGAAAACUCAGCGAAGAUUGGAUGUUCUGAUGCAGACCUACAACUUCAUUGGGAAUUUAAUACUCACUCACGCAUUCGCAUUUUGCACAGCUGUUGCAAUUGAGUACCCCCUAAUGAGAGUGUCAAACAUCCUUAUCGAUGAACUGCCCCGCAAAUUAUUCCGCAAGUCGACUUCCUCGAUGGGUGAAGACUACUACACGUGGAAACAAAAUCGGAGGGCAGAACGUAUCACCAUCAAUGCUGAUGAUGGUUUGGAAAUGAAAAAGUUGUGAAACAGUCGUGGUUGAUCUUGUUCUGUCAGUUAAGUGACACUGUGAAUUGAUAAUGAAUCGCUUGAAAUUUUUGCACGAAA